AAGCAGUAUAAGAAAAUCUGAUAUGUUCCGAAUGAGUUUCACUUUCGAUUUAAAGAAGCAGAGGUGUCACUAGUGUUAGAUGUUUAAUAUUUUUCGUGUUGUUGUGGACCUAGCGGUUAGAUAAUGGGAAUUCUAAAAAGAUGGUAUCAAUCUGCAACACGGCAUACAAAUUUGUACAAGUUCUGCAAAAGAAACCAGCAAGUCUCAUAUUCUUUUCUGAAGACUCUACAUUAUAAGAGCACACAAGACAUUGACUUGACAUCUUGUGACUUUGGUGGCAUAAGGAAUAUUCAUACAGAAAGUCAGAGUGAGAUGGAGGCCUGGGAAGCUAUGGUUGAUUAUUCAAAGUUAUCAGAAACAGAUCUUAAAAUUCAUCAGAGACAUGUUGCGGCAAAUAAGGCAGGAAAACUUUUUUAUGUUGAUCCUCAAACCGGCUACCAAGUUAUGACAAGACGUGCCCAUCUGGAGAGAGGCGAAUGUUGUGGCAACGAAUGCAGACAUUGUCCAUAUGGUAGAAAAAAUGUUCCUGAGGAGAAAAGAAGAAAAAAAUUUAAUUCUGCUUUCUACAUUUGAUCAAAUUGUUUAAUAAUUGUUUAUCAUUUAAUAAAAUUCAUUAAAAUAAGUAAUCUGUUUCUAU